AUGGCACGAAGGGCCUUGAAACUUGCCUCGUUGGCAGCAGCCACUUCUGGCAUCUAUCUGUAUGGUAACAAGUUCCUGGAUCCCAAUGAUUUUGGAGUUGUUCGUGUGGGACGAGCCAUUACUACAACGGCAGUUAUCACCUAUGACUACCUCACCUCCCUUCGGAGUGUCCCAUACGGAUCGGAGGAGUAUGACUUCCUCAAAUCACAGGUGCACCUGCGCUCUGCUGAGCGCCUCCGGGAGCUGUGCUGCGCCAACCGAGGCACCUUCAUCAAGGUGGGACAGCACCUGGGAGCGCUUGACUACCUGCUGCCUGAGGAGUACACCCGCACCCUCAAAGUGCUGCACAGCCAAGCCCCACAGAGCACCAGGCAGGAGAUUGAGCAAGUCAUCCGCGAGGAUCUGGGCAAAGAGACUGGCUCUAAUAUUUCUCCAAAAAGACAGAGAGAAAAGAAUGGAUUUAAUGAGCAUUGUCCAAGUGGGAGACAGCUCAAGAUGAAAGAGCAAAUUAAGAUAAAAGAGCUCUUCUUGAGUUUUGAGGACACUCCCUUGGGAGCAGCAUCGCUAGCCCAGGUGCACAAGGCAGUGUUGCAGGAUGGGAGAACGGUGGCAGUGAAAAUCCAGCACCCAAAGGUCCGAGCUCAGAGCUCCAAGGAUAUUUUGCUCAUGGAGGUUCUUCUCUUGGUUGUGAAGCAGAUCUUUCCGGAUUUUGAGUUCAUGUGGCUGGUGGAAGAAGCUAAGAAGAAUCUGCCCUUGGAGCUGGAUUUCCUCAAUGAAGGCAGAAAUGCUGAGAAGGUUGCUCAUAUGCUCAAGAACUUUGAGUUUCUGAAGGUCCCCAGGAUCUACUGGGAGCUCUCAACAAGGCGUGUCCUCCUCAUGGAGUUUAUGGAAGGGGGACAGGUGAACGACAGGGCCUACAUGGAGAGGAAUGGUAUCAAUGUCAAUGAGAUCUCUCGCAACCUGGGGAAGCUCUACAGUGAAAUGAUCUUUGUGAAUGGCUUUGUGCACUGUGAUCCGCACCCAGGCAACGUGCUAGUAAAGAAAUGCCCAGCUUCUGGCAAGGCCCACAUUAUCCUCCUGGACCAUGGGCUCUACCAGGUGCUGAGCGAGUCAUUUCGCAUGGACUACUGUCGCCUUUGGCAGGCCCUCAUCAAGGCUGAUAUGAAGAGGGUGCAGAAGUACAGCCGGCGGCUCGGGGCAGGGGAUUUGUACCCUCUCUUCGCCUGCAUGCUGACUGCCAGGUCCUGGGAGUCAGUCAACAGGGGCAUUGACCGGUCACCAGUCUCAGCCAGCGAGGAUGUGGAGAUCCGGUCCAACGCUGCUGCUUACCUACCCCAGAUCACCCAGCUCCUCAACAACGUCCCCCGCCAGAUGUUGCUGCUGCUGAAGACCAAUGACUUGUUAAGGGGCAUUGAGUCAGCCCUGCACACGCGGGCCAGUGCCAGCUCCUUCCUCAACAUGUCUCGCUGCUGCAUCAGAGCUGUUUCCACGUACCAGAGGAGCAAGAGUCACUCGCUUUACAGGAGGGCCCAGAUCUCACUCACAGAAGCCCUGAGCCUGUGGCAGAUCAACUUGUAUGAACUCUUCCUGUGGCUGAAGGGGUCCCAGCUGGGGAACUGGGUCAUUGCUCUCCUGAGCCAGAUGCACCAUUCCAUGUACUGACAUG